CGUUGCGGUUUGAGACGUGCUAAGUUUGAAGAGUCUCAGAUCAGCCAGGCCGGAUGUGCCAUAGAAAAUUAGAACUAUUAGAAUGGGAUCUAGGAGAGACAUGAGAGGGCUGAAAAAUAAAGAGCUUGAAUCAUCAGGGUAUAAGUAAUCGUUAAACCCCUGGAAACGAAUGAACUUGUCCUGUGACAACAAGCAGGGGAGAGCAGAGGUUCAAGGACAGAUCCCUGGAGAUUGCCAGCACUUAGAGGAAGUAGAGCCCGCUUGCAGACGGUCACAGAGGUAGGAGGAGAACCUGGAGAGAGUCUGGACCAGGAGCCAAGAAGGAGGCAUCGGCUAAGGAUCAAAGGCUUCAGAGUCCCAGAAGAGGGAAGGAGGCCACUGAGAGCGUCAGCAAGAGUGAUUUCAGCCUAAAAAUAAGGAUCACGGGGAGACCCAGCCUGCAGAGAAGCAACUGGCGCUGGUGGUGGGUGCCUGUGCCUCUUGGUGUGGCUGUGGAAGCUGCAGAAAUGUGCUAUCCAGUGACUCCGGAGCGUGGCCCUCAUUGAGUGUGUGAUUUAGGGACCCCUCUGAUUACCUGUGGCCCGAGGCAGCCGGGAUGCCAGCUCUCCCCAGAAACCCUGCUACCUGCUGAGAAACAUGAUCAGCAAGUCCCCUCCUCUGUGCAUGUGCCCUGCAGGCUGGAAGCUCCUGGCCAUGCUGGCUCUGGUCCUGGUCGUCAUGGUAUGGUAUUCCAUCUCCCGAGAAGACAGGUACAUUGAGCUUUUUUAUUUUCCCAUCCCAGAGAAGAAGGAGCCGUGCCUGCAGGGUGAGGCGGAGAGGAAGGCCUCUAAGCUCUUUGGCAACUACUCACGAGAUCAGCCUAUCUUCCUGCAGCUUAAGGAUUAUUUCUGGGUCAAGACACCCUCUGCCUACGAGCUGCCCUACGGGACCAAGGGGAGUGAAGACCUGCUGCUCCGGGUUCUAGCCAUCACCAGCUACUCCAUUCCGGAGAGCAUCCAGAGCCUCAAGUGCCGCCGCUGCGUGGUGGUGGGCAAUGGGCACCGGCUGCGCAACAGCUCGCUGGGAGAUGCCAUCAACAAGUACGACAUGGUCAUCAGAUUGAACAACGCCCCAGUGGCUGGCUACGAAGGCGACGUGGGCUCCAAGACCACCAUGCGUCUCUUCUACCCAGAGUCCGCCCACUUCAACCCCAAAGUGGAGAACAACCCAGACACGCUCCUCGUGCUGGUGGCUUUCAAGGCGAUGGACUUCCACUGGAUUGAGACCAUCUUGAGUGAUAAGAAGCGGGUGCGAAAAGGCUUCUGGAAACAGCCUCCCCUCAUCUGGGACGUCAAUCCCAAACAGAUUCGGAUUCUCAACCCCUUCUUCAUGGAGAUUGCAGCUGACAAACUGCUGAGCCUGCCCAUGCAGCAGCCACGCAAGAUUAAGCAGGUGAUGACGCAACAGAAGCCCACCACCGGCCUGCUGGCCAUCACCCUGGCCCUCCACCUCUGCGACAUGGUACACAUCGCUGGCUUUGGCUACCCAGAUGCCCACAACAGGAAGCAGACCAUUCACUACUAUGAGCAGAUCACACUCAAGUCCAUGGCGGGGUCAGGCCACAACGUCUCCCAAGAGGCCCUGGCCAUCAAACGGAUGCUGGAAAUUGGAGCAGUCAAGAACCUCACUUACUUCUGACUUGGGCAGGAGCUGUACCCAUCGGUCUGCCCACUCUGCUGCCUGAGCCACGCCCAGUCAUGUGGGGGUGCCUGGUGCCAGCAUGACCGGCUUGGACUCCCCCUCGCCUGUGUGGGGAGGGGGUCCCUGGACUGGCCAGGUCUGAGAUGAGGCCAUGUCCCUGGCUGCUCUUGUGGAGGCCAGAUCUAGUCAGAGUGGAGGCCCCCGGGUGCUGGGAUCUCAGGCAAGGAAGGAGCCUUGUUGUAGCAUCUCCUGUCUGCCAGUGCUGGGAGAUUAUUUAAUGGGCUAUUUAAUUAAGGGGAAGAAAGUGCUGUGGGCUGGUCUCAUAGCAUCCAGAAAAGGGGGCAUAUACAGUGUUCUGACCACUUUUUAUAAAAACAGAAAAGUGAUGGGCCCACUAAGACCUAGACCCAGAGCAGACCUCCCAGGAGGGCGGGUCGUCUGGAGUGGUUGGAUGCCCUUCAGAGAGGAGCUGCUCCUCCCAGCAGGCAUGGGAAAAGCAGUGGUAGGGGUGUUCCAUGGAGAAGGGAACCUCAUCUAGAAAAGAGGUUCCGAACAUAUUAAACUAUUUUUCCUAAAACAGAA